GCUUACGCAAUUACAGAGCGGUUUCUUUUGCAUUUCUUACAGUCAGAUCGUCUCCAUAGGAUCAUAUAGCACAAGAUUCUCAGGGACUCGAAUCUGCAUCUUUCAGCUGAAACCUUCGGUACAAGGGUGCAGGUUCCUGGCACCAUGAUACCUUCGCAUCACGGUGUUGCACCCAACCCUCCAAUGCUCCACCACUCCCUGCAACACAUGCAGCCUGCUCGAGGCUUGAGCAGCCAUGCGGGCGUGGCACAACCUCAGGAGAGGAGGAGGGAGCCGGUCUGGCAAGCUGGCGAGGAGGAUCAAUCGAUCCAACAUGCAAUCGCCGAGUCCUCUUCUGGGACCAAUUCUGUCCGUCCGCUACCUACCGGAGGACUUGGGCUGCGACUGAAAAAGUCUGCGUCGCUGCUGGAGUGGCUCAACAAGAAGUUGGCCGAGCAGGGCCAGCAAUCGGAUGCUCAGCCUGGAUCUUGCAGCGCUUUCGACCUGUCACAUUACAGUAUCGACGAUGGGAGCGGCGGCGUGGAUGGCAGGAAAGCAUUGGAAACCGUCUAUUCCGCGGGGACGACUGGCAGGUCGAGCCCUCCACAAGAUGUCACCAUGGCGGGGCCAGAUGGGGCGAGCAGCUGCAUGAGCGAGACAGGGCUCCAUGCCUGGCGCUACCUAUCCAGCGAGGCCGACUCUGUGGCGGACUCGGCGACCCCCCGCAGCAACAGGUGUCCCCCUGGGGAGGCACCGGACCCCCACAGGAUGUGCGACAGCCCUCUGCCGGUCUCGCAGUCGCAUUUUGACCUGGAGUCCUUUGCAGCCUCCAUCCUGAUGGACGACCAUGUUGGGCACCUGGAGCACUCGCUCCCCAUGGACCUCACUGGGAACACCAGCAUGCUCCUGGGCCUCGAUGAGGGCCUGGACAGCACAGCAGGCUGCUCCAUGCAGGCGCAGCCACCGCCGCCGCAGCCCUGCUUCUCACAGUACAGCGAUGGGAUGCUCCAUCGGGGUGUGGAGAUGUGCAGCGGCGCACCCCCAGUCAUUGUCACUGGCGUGGGGUACAGCGGCCAUAUGUCAGUGCCGGGGGGAGCGGACCGGGCCGCCCCGGCCGAGUGCUUCAACGCAUUCCUGCUGGACACUGCGGAGUUCCAGGGGGCGCCAAUGGGGCUGAGUGACAUGCUGGAGGACUCCGCGCGAGCGCAGCUGUCCAGGACCGCCAGCCUGCCGCCAAACCCCAACAGGCACCUGGGGCACCUGUCCUUCCAGCACUCCGAGCCCUGCAGCCCAGCCGCGAACCGGUGUCUACUGCGCACGGAGAGCAUGCCGGACCGGGAACUGGCGUCGCCGCGGGGGUCGCGCGGCCGCGCACGCACAGUGGGAGAUCUGCUCAAGCCAGGGGCGUCAGGAGUUGCGAAGACUCUGGGCUCCCCUCGCAACAUGCGCGCUUCCCUGGAAAUGCCGCGCGGGGCGCUGCUUGCCGAGGCGUUCAUGGAGUGCAUGUUUUAUGCGUGA